AUAUAGUAAGAAAGUUAACCAAGCAUGACUUAAGCAAGAGAAGACGUCACUUUUGAGGCUCAUGAAGAUCUGGAGUAACAGGUUUGGGUUGAAAAACAAGAAACGUUUUCUCCUGUUGUUGUCUUGGCCAUUUGCUGCUGUGAAGACUCUGCAACAUGAAUGGGCCUCAGCAUAUUGAGCUCGGUGCCACGGGAGGAGCCCCCAAACAGGACAGCAGCAACAUGGAGGACAUGAGCGUGGAACAGAUGGCUCUGAGGGCCAACCAGCUGACGGAUGAGUCGCUGGAAAGCACACGGAGGAUGAGACAGAUGGCAGAGGAGAGCCAAGAGACUGGGGGCAAAACCUUGGAUAUGCUUGAUAUGCAAGGAGAGCAGCUCAGACGAGUGGAGGAGGGCAUGGACCAGAUCAACGAGGACAUGAAGCAGGCGGAGAAAAACCUCAACGACCUGAACAAGUGCUGCGGCCUCUGCACCUGCCCCUGUAACAGAGUUACAUCCAUUGAAAACGACCAGCGCUACAAGAAAACUUGGGGUACUGGAGGGCCGGAGGGGGAGAAUGAUGCCGACGGCUCCAAAGUGGUGUCCAGACAGCCGUCACGCACUCGCAACGGCCAGCCCGCCCAGGCCACCGCCACCAGGGGGACCGCCGCCGCUCCGUCGGGGCCGUACAUCCAGAGGGUGACCAAUGAUGCUCGAGAGGAUGAGAUGGAGGAAAACCUGGACGCUGUGGGCGGGAUCAUCUCCAACCUCAGAGGCAUGGCUGUUACGAUGGGACAGGAAAUAGACAAGCAGAACUCACAGAUCGACCGGAUCACCGAUAAGGCGGACAUGAACAAAAUUCGCAUCGACGACGCCAACCAGAGAGCCAACAAGCUCAUCAAAUGAACGCCGACUUCCACGUCAGCUUAGUUUUUUUCUCAUCAACUCUCGAGCCUCUUUUGCUACCUUCAUGCAGAUGGUUUAUUUCACACCUCCAUAGAGUAAACCCACUUUCGUUGGCAGUGCGGCUGCCGUUUUUGUUGUGAAAUGUAGAUGGUUAAAACUCAGACACAACAAUGCUGGACUGACCUGCCGUCACAAACAGUUCAUUCUCCUGAAAGAACUGUGAACUGCUGUUCCGUAUGGAAGUCCUGUCCUCCGCCUCCAGGACUUCACGAUGCCUUUGUAAAACGCCCACUUAGAUCAGAAGCGUCUUCCUCAAAUCUUUGUUUUGUUAUGUAAUUAAGUAUAUAUAUAUAAUCGUGUAUUUGUUGAAAUUAAGUGCCUAUUUAAUUAUUCUUUGAGCAGAAAUGACUUGUGAAUAAAGCUGACCUUUUGAAACUC